AUGGGACACUCCCCACAAACACAUCACAGACACAACAAAGGAAAACAAUCCCCUCCAGAGUCUGCAUUACAAAAGCCUGCGCUCUCCACCACCUACUUGACCCUCAGUGGCAAAGGACCCGGCGUGCUAUACACAGCAAAUGUAGAGAGACCCCAGGUCUUUACCCACCUAUCUCACUACUUGGGCAUAGUUUUGCUCUCCAAAGUAGCAUUUUUAAAGGUUUUUCCUAAUCGGGUAAUAGAUCACGUGAUAACGAUGCUUUCCUAG